AUGGAGAUUCCCCAAGAAGGAGAGUCGAUUUACUAUCGAUUCCAGGCUGCAUUCUCUCGCGACUCAUACGGCAACUUAUUGUAUUGCACAGGUCCGCAGGAAACCCGAAUCAGGCGGCACUGGCACAUCAUAAGCGCCGACCUUUGUACUUGGAAUGACACACUAUAUCAAACCUCGAAUGGAUCUUUUACCGGAAUCAUCCUUGAUAACCUGGUAAGCCCCACGGAUGCUAAGAGAGAGUUUGAGGCCUUUUUCAAUCGUUUGCUCCUUCGCCAGGCCAACUUUGCCAUCACUGAUCAGGCUGAUCCGGGCCCUUCUAGUCCGGGCCCUUCUGAUCUUUAUACUGAGUUGGUUACUGAGAAAAUAGUGUCCCUGUUUGACACGAACCUUCGAUAUCAAGGUGAACAUGAUAAGUGGUGUGUUUCUGGACGAGUUUACUUUACGGAGCGCGUUCACCAUUUUACUUCUCAGGGUCGGAAGCUUGAGCUUUGUCUGCCCGCCUUCCCCUGUAAAUCGACCAAUACAGACAAGGUCACGGGUAAAGACCCGGAUUAUGGCGAGCAGCUGGCCCUAGAACAUCUUCACGGCUUUGUCGAAGCUAUCGAGGCGGUAUACAGCGCGGGUGCGAAGCUCUGGAUAAUUAGCGACGGACAUGUUUUCAGCGACUGCAUUGGUGUCGACGAUAAAGAUGUGGACGCGUAUAGUCGGAAGUUGAUCAAGAUGAAUCGAGAAAUCGGCUUUCAAAGGGGCAACACAGACCGAGUAGGUUUCAAAUCUCUUGUCGACCUCUUUGAGUUGGAGAAGUACAAUAGCCCGUCAAAGCUUGCGAAGAUCUCCAAACUAGAUAUUCCGUCCAUCAAUCACUAUGUCCAGACGGGAAUAACCGUAGAAGCUGAACUUUGCCGACGUCUCUUAAUGGCUGGAUGCCAAUCGCAGAAGGCCGCGCUCCGAACUAAGAUUGAGUCCAAAGAGGCCGGGAUCCUAGCAUUAUAUCGUGGAUUUUCGCGGUUCAUGCUUGAGGAUCUGGAGCUCCAUCCAUUUACGCGAACAAUGAGCCGCUCAAAACAGAAGAAACUCUCGUCCAAAGUAGCAUUUGAGAUGAUGAUGAGAAAUCAAGCAUACUCAAAUCUUGUGGAACUUCUCUUCCCCAACCAUAUUCGGUUGUCGAUCCACGCACAUAACAAUGCUGGACCCAAGUUUGGCGUUCAACUUUUUGACCCAAAAUUGGUCAGAGCAGUUGAGUCACUCUCGCCGCACAGCAACUCCAUAACUUCCCGUGAUCUAUUGCAUAUUCCUACUCCUUGGCAUAACUGCGUGGCGAAGGUAACCGGCAGUGAGGUUUUGUAUGUGACUAAGGCUAAGGUAGUGCGGGAAUCCAUUGCCUGUGGAGAAAUGACGGGAAAGUUAGCCGUGCAAGAUAACGGAACCGACACCAGCGGCGCAGUAUAUUUCGCUCUGUGUGUUACUGGUCAAGGUGGAGCCGAUGGUCGAAAGCGAGAGGCAUCGAAGCGGGAAAAGAUCCCUUCGGAGACUCAGAAAAAUGCUAAGUCUAAAGGGGUUGGCACCUCGUAA